AAUGUGCGUUUUCAGAUCUUCCUGUUCCAGAUUUUACGAGGGCUGUCUUACUGUCACAAGAGGAAAGUUCUCCACAGGGACCUGAAGCCACAGAACCUCCUAAUCAAUGAAAGAGGGGAACUGAAGUUGGCUGAUUUUGGUCUGGCGAGGGCGAAGUCCGUCCCCACCAAGACGUACUCCAACGAGGUGGUGACUCUCUGGUACCGGCCUCCCGAUGUCCUCCUGGGAUCCUCGGAGUACUCCACACAGAUCGACAUGUGGGGGGUGGGCUGUAUAUUCUACGAGAUGGCUGCAGGUCGGCCUCUGUUCCCCGGCUCCACCGUGGAGGAUGAGCUCCAUCUCAUUUUCAGGCUGCUGGGCACGCCCACAGAGGAGAACUGGCCAGGAAUCUCUACCAUUGAAGAGUUUAAAUCCUACAACUUCCCCAAAUACAAACCACAGCCGUUGAUCAAUCACGCACCCAGGCUGGACAGCGACGGUAUUGAGCUGCUGCUGGCGUUCCUCAGAUACGAGUCCAAGGCGAGGAUUUCAGCUGAUGAGGCGAUGAAACAUUCCUACUUCAGGCAGCUUGGGAUGAGAGUCCACACACUGCCUGAAAGCGUGUCGAUGUUCACGUUAAAAGAGCUGCAGCUUCAGAGGGACCCCGGCUACAGGAACUCCUCCUACCCCGAGUCAGGUAACGGCAACAUCAACAGAAGGCAGAGCAUGCUUUUCUAAUGUUUCCUGAAGAGGAUGGCCAGCCGGCCAGCUUCAUCUGCACCUCCCAGCAACUCCUCGCAUGAGCCCACCUCCCUGUGGAGCGUCUCUCCUCACUCCCUCGCCUGGACUCACUCACACGCGUACACACACACACACACACAUACACAAUGCUGAAUGAGUGACUUUGAGUCAAAACGCUUGGAGACUGUUUAUUUAUUGGAGUGUGAGGUUAACUUAUUUUGCUGCUAAACUACUACUGUCUACUAUAUAACAUGUCUGUGUGUGUGUGUGUACACGUGUGUGUUCGUGCACAUGAUGUGAACUGAAGACGCCAUGCACAGUUAAGUGGUCUGUUUAGGUUACUGUUAUUUCUCCUGACUAUAAUUCUUUGGUAUCUUUAGUUUGAAAGUCAACGGAUGUUGAUGUCGACGCUGUGAUGAAGUUGUUUCAUUGUUGUGCUUACAGAGCAACGGCUGCAGUUUCUUCAAAAUUUUUAUGCAUUCUGUAUAUCUAUACAUAUAUAUUUAUGUGUAUAUAUGUACAUGUAUAUUUGGAGAUUGUUUUUUUUUUUUUGUUGUUGUUUUGUUUUGUUCUCUUUCCUUCGAGCUUCCGUGACUGAUCUAUACAAGGUUUCUACAUUUCAAAAAGCUGCAGCACACGACAGUGUUGACUUUGAGGGGAACGAGAAAGACUGGUGAUGAUGGUGAUGAUGAUGAUGAUGAUGGAUUUCCCAUCUUAGAUAUUUUUUUUUUCCCCCCCAAUGUGUUUCACCCCAAUGUGUUUCAGAAGAACUGUGUUUCUCUGAGGGCCCGAUGGCCUUUGGGGGGUUCCACUGAAAGUCUGAGCAUAGCGCCUGGCAGCUGAGGGCUGAGCGAAGCUAACAGUUUUAGCCGCUGGGUUUCUGCUCACUCUGGUAAAUCUACAGGACCAAAUCUGACGGAGACAAAAAAUGGAAAUAGGCAUGGGCUGGUGUGAGAUUCUCUAUAAUAACCAUGAUUAAAAAACUAAACGGUAUCCUUGUGUGUUAGGAAAAUUUUCUAACAUAAUCUUUCAUUUACUUGGAACAGCAGAAACUAUUACUUCAUAUGCUACAGUUAUGUUACUUUAACAUAUUUUUAUUUUCAUACAAAUAUGGAAUAAAUUGUCAUUAAAUUUAAUAUUAAACACACUCUGCUCUUUGCAGAGAAACAGAAAUCUAAUUACCUGGUUAAUCUGUUCCGGUAGCCUGCAGCCUGCUGCUUUACAGACCUGCCAACUGUAAAUUUAAUACAGAAAUGUUUGGUUUCCACACCAUGCUUGUCUGAAAAAUAGCUCCAGUCGAGAAAAUCACAAACAUCCGGAUUCGUUUAAUUGAGUUAAACGACGCAGCGCUGCAUUACUCUGUCCAUCAUACACAGGAGAAAACUCUGGUUGGCCUGGCUCCUUAAUCUGGGUUUUCAUUUUUCAUGGGCACAAAAAUUAGCAGUUUUUGAAACCGUAGCUGUUUGAAACGUUGGUGCAGCAACACACCAGAGACCAGCCCAUGCCUUGUUGGGGAGACAACCGGACAGCAUUGUUGAGUAAUGAGAAAAACCAGAACCCGAGAUAAAAGCUUGGACAAGUCUGCAAACCCUCCGAAUGUCGAGAGCCUCGAUGCAACUGUACAUUCAGAAAUUUUACCCUGCACUCCAAGCGUUUGCAUUUUUUCUUUUUUUUUUUUGUUUUUGUUUUGUUUUCAUCAGGGACAUGGGCCUCAACACGGCUGAGUUUACCCAACAGUAUUAAGAUGUGUUCUGUGACUUCUCCUCGGGAAAACAGCACCAAUGUGGAUGCUCUAAAAGCAACAAUUUCCCACUUCAUGUCGAGCCACAGCAUUUUUACAACACAGAGAUUAAAACUCAAGACUUUACUGCUGAUGUGUUGUUAGCAACUGACAGUGAUGCUAAAGAUGAUUAAACCUGUUUGCGAGUCUCUCUUUUAAAUAAGUUUACUGUAGCAAUAAGAAAAUGUCCCUGAAUGUUUCUUACAUGACAACUGAUGUUCAUUGCAUUCCUGGGGUCAGAUUUUUCCUGUGUUGACCAUCAUUAAAUAUCAACCGCGGUCGUUUUGCUAAGUUUAGAAAGUACAGUUUGCAGGAGCUAAUGUAAUGCUAUCGCUUCUCUGCCUAUAAAACUAAACCCUGUUUUGACAUCUACUUUGUGAAAAUUUAUCAGGCAGCAUUAGAUGUGUAGUGAACAUUAUUUCCCUGCUAGGUUAACUUCAGCAGAUUUCUCUUUUUAUGCUAACUUUAGGUGCGCAAGCUAGCUGUGCGCUGAAGCUAAACAUACAUGAUGAGGUAUGCAUUCAAACAAAUUUAGGUCAAUAAACAGUGUUUGUUUAAAUGUUACAAUCUCUGGUAUAAAGAAGAAUAUAUACUUUUUGACUUAAGAGGUACAUCAUUAGUGUGAAUAACUAUGCAGUUGAAGCUAUAGGUUAGCUUAGCCAGUUAGCUUUAAAUAUAACUAAGAGUUUUGUUGAACGCUUGGCAAAAAUGUAACCGUAGGGUUUUUUGUUUGUUUGUUUUUUAAAUGCAUAACCAGGAAACAUUUAACGUUAACAGCUUCACAAGGUGAACUGCUAAUAAAUCAGAAAAUAUUAAAAGCUUAUUAAAAAUAAAAGACUGGGAGUGCAUUAAACAUCCAGAUAAAACUGAAAGUUGUCAGGGGAUCAGAGGGAAGUUUUCUUUUUGCUCUUUUGUUCGGCGGCCGACUGAAAACUGUAUUUUGUGACAGGAAAAAGAUUUGUUUAAGCGACACUAGUGUUCUUUGUUUCAGAUUAGGUAGCACAUGCUAGAAGAGUGCUGGAAGCACUGGAAAAGCUUGAUAAACUUAUAUCUGAAAUCAUUAAUGUAAUAAUAUUAACAUCAAACACAGAUUGCAGGUAAUGGUGCAAUGAUCCAGUAAACAAUACAAAUCUUAUUAAUCUAAAUGGUUUGAACAUGCACUCCUAAUUUGAGAUAUUAAAUUGUGAUUACACAAUAAAGUACAUGCAUGACAUACUGUAAACAGGAAGUCAUUAUAUUAAUGGUAUAUUUCCUGUAUUACUGUAAUUUUUAAGUUGGAAAUUAGAACCAUGUACAUCUAAUUUUUCCAUAUUUUUUUUGUUUAUAUUCCACUUUAUCUAAAUUAAGGAUCGUUCCCCUGUGAACUGCAAACUGUGUUUCUGCUAAUAUUACUUUUUUUGUACAUGAACAGCAGUAACAUGCACGAAAGGAGAUUUCUAAAACGGCUUAAUAUUUAUCAUUGUAAAACUGUACUUUUUUUCAGAUGAAUGGGUGAUUUAAUGUGUUUUAUGUCCGAGUGUGUGUGGAAAUGUGUGUGCCUGAUGCAUGGAAGGCCUGCUGUGUUGUCAACUCAAACUCUCUGAAACACUGAGCUGCCGGUGAACAGUUGAUGUGUGACUCUUUUUACUGGAACUAUUUAUUUCUCAUAACCAUCAGAAGUAAAAA